GCCUCUCAUUCCACCCUGAAGCAGCCGCGCCAAUCCUCUUUUUUCCACACUGCCUUUGAGCAAAUAAUUUGUUUUUCCUUGGUUACGUUUCUGGAUUUACAAAAAGUGAAAGAGCUGAGGCUGUGAGAUUAGAACAUUCUGUGUGCCUUCUUCUUUUCACUUUCCAAAAGGUCCAUUUGAAAGAAGUUUUUUUUGUCGAAGACAGAAUAAACCUGCGAUGUCUCUGCAAGGUGAAGUGUGUGUGGUGACAGGAGCUGGUGGAUUUCUGGGGAAGAGGCUGGUGAAGCUGCUGCUGGAGGAAGAGAAAAUGGCUGAGAUUCGACUGCUGGACAAACAAAUUCAGCCACAACUCUUACAUACUCUGGCCGACUGUCGAGGCGACACAAAGUUGUCUGUGUUCGAGGGCGACAUCAGAGACGGAGACUUCCUGAGAAAAAGCUGUCGAGGUGCAUCGAUCGUCUUCCACAUUGCGUCCAUCAUUGACGUCCAUGAUGCAGUGGAGUACAGUGAGAUAUACGGGGUCAAUGUCAGAGGAACGCAGCUGCUUCUGGAGGCGUGUCUUCAAGAGAACGUGGCCUCCUUCAUCUACACCAGCACCAUCGAGGUGAUGGGACCAAACUCUAACGGCGAUCCAAUAAUCAACGGCAGCGAGGACACGGUGUACGACUGCUCUCUGAAGUUCAUCUACAGCAAGACCAAGAAGGAGGCGGAGCAGAGGACGCUGCAGGCCCACAGCGAGGUGCUGCAAAACGGGGGCCGGCUGGCCACCUGUGCCCUCAGACCCAUGUACAUCUACGGGGAAGGCUGCCGCUUCCUGCUGGGCCACAUGGGCGAUGGGAUACGAAACAACAAUGUUUUGUAUCGUAUGUCUCGACCAGAAGCCCUGGUGAACCCGGUGUAUGUGGGGAAUGUGGCCGUGGCUCACCUGCAGGCCGCCCGCAGCCUCAAAGACCCAGAAAGGAGAAACGCCAUCGGAGGAAAGUUUUACUUCAUCUGUGACGACACGCCACAUGUGAGUUACUCGGACUUCAACCACAUUGUGAUGUCACCACUGGGCUUCAGCAUUCAGGAGAAGCUCAUGUACCCGCUCUUUCUCCUCCACAUCAUAUGCUUCAUCAUGGAGGUGGUGAGCGUGAUCCUACGACCUUUCAUACGUAUCGUCCCACCACUGAAGCGACAGCUCGUCACCAUGUUGAACACGUCGUUCAGCUUCUCCUAUCAGAAGGCAAAGAGGGAUCUUGGGUACUUCCCCAAAUACACCUGGGAGGAGGCUCGCAAACGCACCACUGAGUGGCUCGCCUCAGAGCUGCCCAACGAGAGGGAAAAAAUAAGUGCUAAAUAAGAAAUUAAAAGUUGUUUUUACUUUAAAACGACUGGGUUAUGUUCAAAGUAUUCUCUUGUUCGCUAGUACAACCAUCUGGCUGUCUCAUUCUUCCAGAGAUUCUAUCAGACUCUCUGUCAACUGAAUUUCCCCUCGGGGAUAAAUAAAGUACUUUUGAUUUUGAUUUGAUUUGAUUUGAUUUGAAGAGGUUGGUAUGGUAUUUGCAGUGUUUCAUAUGAAAUCCUAAAAAAUGUGACACAUGACAGUGGCUGUUUUAAACACAUUUUAAACACAGUAGUCGGCAGGAAACUGGAAACUGCAAAAAAAAAAAAACAAUAAUAAUUGUCAUUCAUAUUUGAUAAAUGCUGCCAAAUUCAAACAGUUUAAUUGCAGUUAACAACCUGUUUUUAUGAGAUCAGCUUGGAUUAUACAUAAUCACUUUGUCUCUUUGUGGUUUUUGCAUUAAUAAUAACACAAUUAUUUUUGCAACAACUGUAAACACAAAACUUUAAGUGAUUUUGAGCAUACAUUUAAUAACAUGGUCAUCACUACUGAUGUUUCUUUAAAGACAACUAUUGUGGAUUUUUUAAAUGUUUUUUUUUGCUCCGUUUG